GUGUCAAAUCAAACGUCAAUUUACUUCGUCAAAGAAAUCAACGGCUGACUGAAGAGUUCUUUGAGGUUAUAAAUUACAUUUUGCGAUCAUUCUCCAAUGUUAAAUAGUUAUUAGUGAAUUAUACCAACAUCAUGGCUUCGUUUACAAGAUUACAGAAGAUAGCUCUAGUAAGUCUGGGGGCUGUAGGAGGGGGCUUGGCUUAUUAUCAGUUGAACACAUCUAGAAACGAUAAGAAGUUUGCCGUGCAAAACUCCUGGACCACCAACUAUACACCCAGUGUGAAAUGGGAUAAAAACUGGGACCAUCGAGAGCCAGAGUCAAUAGUUAGGCCUAAACGGGAUGCAUCUCCAGAGGAAGAAAACAGAUUUAAUGAGCAAGUUGAGAAGGCAGUUAAAUCCAAAGCGGUGAGGCAUCUCAUCCUCAUCAGACAUGGCCAGUACAACCUUGACGGAGCCACGGACCAGGAGAGGACUCUUACAGAAUUAGGUCGAAAGCAAGCUGACCUAACUGGCCAGAGGCUGGCUAAACUUGGCAUCAAAUGGGACGUGCUGGUGCGAUCCACAAUGACACGGGCGCAGGAGACGGCCACCAUCAUAGCCAAGCACCUUCCAGAGAACCUCACCGUGAAGGAUUGUCAGCUCAUUGAGGAAGGAGCUCCCAUACCACCGGAGCCACCGGUUGGCCACUGGAGGCCUGAACCUAAGCAGUUCUUCCAGGACGGGGCGCGCAUCGAGGCGGCGUUCCGCAGGUACUUCCACCGCGCGGCGCCCGAGCAGACUGAUGACUCCUACACGCUGCUCGUGUGCCAUGCUAAUGUCAUACGGUUCUUUGUUUGCAAAGCGCUCCAGUUCCCGCCCGAGGGCUGGCUGCGCAUCGCGCUCAACCACGGCUCCAUCACGUGGGUGUCCAUCAUGCCGAGCGGCAACGUGGUGCUGCGCGGGCUGAGCGAGACCGGCUACAUGGACCCCGAAUACGUCACGCACCGGUAAACCAGAUGCCGUGAAGGGAAUUCAUCCAACAACAGAUGCCAAUCUCACGUAGCGCAAAGCAAGUUGUAGGAAUAUCUUUUCACUUAUUGUUGUCACUGGAGGGUCACUCGGCUUUACAAAAAAAUAACGAGAGCUUACCUGUUAUCGGUACGUUUAAUGCAACGAGAUACAGUCUUUGUUAGCGUAGGAGCGCCCUGACACUUCGUUUUUGGUACGCUAGAGAGGCCCCCUGGUUAAAAAGGGGCUCAAAACUUCUGCAUGCUAAAGCCAAAAGCCGAACAUGCCACUUGAAAAUUGAAACAUUCACAAAUACACGCACCGCAACUGUCUACUAUGCACCUCUGUAUGGUAGUGACUUCACAAUGUCUGAGCUCCAUUCUAGUUGAAAAUGUCCAUCAGCCCGUUUUCAGAUAGUAAUCAUCUUUAAUUGUAGUUUUUUUUCAAGUUUUUUUGAAUUGUUCCAAUUUCUACAGGAACGCGGGAGGUAAACGAGUAAAAGAGCCCGCUGUGUCGAAGGUUACAGAAAAAGAGUGUUAAAAUUGUGUACUUAACAAUUUUCGGAAUCUCCAUUC